CGGAGAAAUCCCCUGCCAGCGUUUAUAGGGCGCCGCGGCGGCGCUGGCGAGCCCACAAGAGUCGCAGCCAGCGGUCCUCCCCUCCGUGACACUGCGAGGCAGCGAGCGCGCAGCCCGCGGCCGAGCGCACCUGGGCAGCAGCGCCAGAGCUUUCACCGCGCCAUGUUUCAGCCCGCCGAGCACGCCCAGGACUGGGCCAUGGACGGUCCCCGGGACGCGCUCAAGAAGGAGCGGCUGCUGGACGACCGCCACGACAGCGGCCUGGACUCCAUGAAGGACGAGGACUACGAGCAGUUGGUGAAGGAGCUGCGGGAGAUCCGCCUGCAGCCGCAGGAGGCGCCGCGCGGCGCCGAGCCCUGGAAGCAGCAGCUCACCGAGGACGGAGACUCGUUCCUGCACUUGGCCAUCAUCCAUGAAGAGAAAGCACUGACUAUGGAAGUGAUCCGCCAAGUGAAGGGCGAUCUGGCCUUCCUCAACUUCCAGAACAACCUGCAGCAGACUCCACUCCACUUGGCUGUGAUCACCAACCAACCAGAAAUUGCUGAGGCACUUCUGGAAGCUGGCUGUGAUCCUGAGCUCCGAGACUUUCGAGGAAAUACCCCCCUACACCUUGCCUGUGAGCAAGGCUGCCUGGCUAGUGUGGGAGUCCUGACUCAGACCUGCAGGACCCAGCACCUCUACUCCAUCCUCCAGGCCACCAACUACAAUGGUCACACGUGUCUACACUUAGCCUCUAUCCAUGGCUACUUGGGCAUUGUGGAGCUUUUGGUGUCUUUGGGUGCUGAUGUCAAUGCUCAGGAGCCCUGUAAUGGCCGAACCGCCCUCCAUCUUGCAGUGGACUUGCAGAAUUCUGAUCUCGUGUCACUCUUGUUGAAGUGUGGGGCUGAUGUCAACAGAGUGACCUACCAGGGCUACUCCCCAUACCAGCUCACCUGGGGCCGCCCAAGCACACGGAUUCAGCAGCAGCUGGGCCAGCUGACCCUCGAAAACCUUCAGCUGCUGCCGGAGAGCGAGGAUGAGGAGAGCUACGACACGGAGUCAGAGUUCACAGAGGACGAGCUGCCCUAUGAUGACUGUGUGCUUGGAGGCCAGCGCCUGACGUUAUGAGCUUCGAAAAGUAUCUAAAAGAACAUGGACUUGUAUAUUUGUACAAAAAGAGAGUUUUAUUUUUCUAAAAAAAAAGAAA